AUGCACCCUCUGACCGCAGCACGCUGGGACAUGAAGAGCAAGAGCGAGUCAGAUCUGGAGCUGAAGCGCUUUGGGUAUCAACGCGGGCUGCCGCGAAUCAAAGGUGGACAGAAUGCUCAGUCACGGUUUGCCGACAUAGUCCCACCGCAGUGGCUCGCCUUCCAGGGUAAUUUCGAGCCUCCGACGAAGCCGAAGGCCCAGGUGAGCCCUCGCAUGAAAUCCUCCAAGGCUGAGAGGAAGGUCGACCUUCAGACGAUGGACCACAUCCGCGUCUUGCACUAUGAGGACUCUCGGCGAAAAGGCCGUCUCGUGGUCCAGCGCUGGCGAAAUGGACAUGCUGACUUAACAGUUCCCAACUGCGAGACCCAAGGUCCCAGGGAGGGAUGCCCAGGAGGGCAAUGGCAAGAAGGGCUCCGGAACACUGUCUGCGACAACCUGCUCACCUUCUCCGGGGUCUACAACUAA